AUGACACUCAUCAAGGUUACUGCUUCAAAGCCCUCAAAGGCCAAAUGGGGCUGCAGGAAAUCAUCAGAAAGCUCACACCGCCUCAAUACAUAUCUCCAGAGUGACCCAACCGUCACCGAGAGGUUGUUGAACAAUUCCGACCUCGAUGGGAUAUUGGGCCGGAUUGGCAGCCUGCAGGCCGAAGUGAAUGCGCUGGCGCAAUCAUCCCGCGGGUCUCCCUCACCAAGCUCUGGAAGCGCCGACAGUCGAUAG